AAAGUAAUCUGAAAAAUUCCCACCUUCCCUUAUUACACAAACUUUACCUUGAGGAAAAGAAGAUACCAAAACCUUCCCUGCCAAUUAAGAGCAGGAACCUUAAAACUUCUUCUCCUCUCUCACCUCCCUCCAUAUCUUUCCUUCCAUCCGUAAAAUGCAAACAACAUUCCGGCACAAAACCCUACAAAAGUAGCACAAAUAAAUUGUAUUGAAACGUUGGCUAGCUUAAUGCCGAACGUUAUCAAAUUAAAAUUCCUUUCCACCUCUACUCCUCUUUGUCAAUGCCAAGGCCUAUAAUCGGAUCGCAACGCCGCACCCACCCAUUGAUAUGGUGCGCAGCAAUCAUCUGCACAAUAUGCACGGUUAUAGUCAUUAUAACUGGCAUGGUUAUCUUCAUAGGGUACCUCGCUAUUCGACCCAAAAUACCCUUUGUAAGCGUUACUUAUGCUCGCCUUGAUAAUUUUCAGUACACUCAAGGUGGUGUUCUUAAUACUGAGAUUAACAUUGUUUUUAAGGCAGAAAAUGAUAAUGUUCAGGCUCAUGCUAGCUUUUCAGAUUUCGGUUAUUACCUUAGUUUUCAUGGUUUGAAGAUUGCCAGAUUGCAAAAUAAUCCCUUUGAAGUUGACAAGAAUGGUUCAGCAUAUUUUAACUAUGAUGUUAAAUCGUAUUCUAUACCGUUGGACCCUGAUCAUAGUGCUAUUGUGGAUCGUUCUUAUAAGCAGAAUAGAAUUGCAUUUGAUUUAAUUGGGCAUACAAGAACAAGGUGGAGAGUUGGGCCAUUGAAGUCUGUUAAAUUCUGGUUGAGAUUGAAUUGUGAGCUCACAUUUCAGGUAGAUGGGAAUAGUAUUGAUUCUCAUUGUACCUCAAAGUCUAAAUAAAUUAUACAGGACUUUUCUUUUUCUAUUUAGUUUAUUCUUUUGAAGAUUUGUAACACAAAUUAAAGUUAGGUUGGUAUAAAUGAGUAUACUUUUGGUAUACAAUCCUUUUCUUGAUUCAGUCUUGUUUAGAUUAAUUACAUUGCUUGCCUCUCACUUUCUUUACUUUUAGGGUUCUGUAAUUCAUCUUUUUGCCAUAUUCUUAAAAUAGUUUGUAACGGAGGACGUAAAGCAUGAAAGUAGUUUAUCA